AUGAGAAUCGACGAGCGCGGCAACUCGAAAGGCAACUUCUCGCUGCUCUCCUGGCAAAACGUGCAGCCGAUCAUGAACAAAUCCGAUCCCAAGUACUACCCGCUCAACCACGCGCUCGACCUGACCGCCAUUUUCGUCGAGGCGCCCGACAAGGACCGUCUGCCGAACCUCGCAUUCAAAUCGGGCCAGCGGAUCCAGUGGCCGAUGGGCGCACCGCCUCCCGAUAUGCCCGUUUGCGGGUUCCACGGAGAGUUGUGUCGGAAAAAGGGCAUCUUCAACUACGCCAUGAUGAUCGUCUUGUGCAUCGUCGCCUUCUUCAGCUUGGUCAUCAGUGGAUUCACGUUGAAGUGAGUUGAAAUGGUUUAUCCAUCAUUUGGAACUCUGAAAAAUGUAGUACUAGAUGUGAGAAUUUAAUAGAACAAUUUGGUGCAUCGAUCAACCAAAACCAAACGUUUUCAGGUCGCGUCGUUUCGAAAAAGAGUUGGCAAUGAUCUGGAAGAUUGACCAAUUCGAAGUGCGUCGCGUCGUCGGAAGCGCCAACAACGAAUCCACGGCAUCUCUCCUCAAAGCGGACGUGCUCAAAAUGACCAAGACGAAGCAGCCGUGGUGGAGCAAGGACCCGUGCUACGGAUCCGGAAUGCGAGGCCUUGCCAGCUACAAAGGAACACUCGUGGGCCUCAAGGAUCUGGUGUACGGCCGCAAGCCGAAGGACAUGUCACGGGAAGCGAAGAAGGAGUUGAGGGCGAUGAGGCAGCUGGCGCAUCCCAAUGUGAACAACUUUCUCGGAAUCAUUGUUAAUACGUACUCGGUGACGGUGGUUCGAGAGUACUGUUCGAAAGGCUCCCUCCACGACAUUCUACGCAACGAGAACCUCAAGUUGGAUCACAUGUACGUGGCGUCGUUUGUCGAUGAUUUGGUGAAAGGAAUGUGCUACAUCCAUGACUCGGAAAUCAAAAUGCACGGAAACCUGAAGACCACCAAUUGCCUCAUAACUUCUCGGUGGACAGUUCAAAUCGCGGAUUUCGGGCUCCGAGAGGCUCGCGACUCGAUCAUGUUCGAGGGAAGCUACAACAUCUGGGAGAACUUCCUGUGGACCGCCCCCGAAGCCAUGACCAUCGCGGGAGCUCUUCCGAUGAGCCUAGACCCCACGCCGAAAGCGGACGUCUACUCGUUCGGCAUCAUUUUCCAUGAAAUAGUGACGAGGGAGGGGCCGUAUAAGAUCUAUGUGCAACGUGGCGAUGUGAACGGAGAGGCGGUGCAGAAGAAGGAUUCGGAAGAGUGUCGGGAGCUUGUCGAAAAGACUGUUCGUCGGGUGUACUCGGAUCCCUACUUCCGGCCCGACACUUCGGAGCUCGAGGUUCAGAACUAUGUGAAAGAGGUGAUGGCCGCGUGCUGGCACCAUGACCCCAGCCAUCGGCCCGAGUUCAAAAGCGGAAUCAAGAACAAACUGAAGCCGCUGUUCCAUCAGAUCUACAAAGCAGAACAUCAUGGACCACAUGGUGCUGAUGAUGGAAAAGUAUCAGACACAGCUGGAGGACCUCGUCGACGAACGGACCAUCGAGCUGAAGGACGAGCAACAGCGGAGCCAGCACCUGCUCCAGAGAAUGCUGCCGAGUUCGGUGGCCGAGCAGUUGCUCGCCGGAAAGGACGUGGUGCCCGAGGCGUUCCCGCCGGUUACCAUCUACUUUUCGGAUAUUGUCGGCUUCACAACGAUUUCCGGAGAGUCUACGCCUAUGGAAGUGGUGACGUUCCUCAAUAAACUCUACACUCUCUUCGACUCGAUCAUCCGAAGAUACGACGUGUACAAAGUGGAGACAAUCGGCGACGCGUACAUGGUCGUCUCGGGGGUGCCGAGGUAUAAGACAUCCGAGUACCACGCCGAACAGAUCGCCAUGAUGGCCAUCCACAUCCUCUCGGCCGUCCGCAGCUUCAUAAUCCCGCACCGGAGCGGCGAGCAGCUAAUGAUCCGGAUCGGAAUGCACACGGGACCGUGCGUGGCGGGAGUCGUCGGAAAGACGAUGCCCAGGUACACGCUGUUCGGCGACACUGUCAACACGGCGUCGCGGAUGGAGAGCAACGGAGAAGCACUGCGGAUUCACUGCUCCUCGUCGACGAGAGACGUGCUCGCCUCGAUCGACGACGACUUUUUGCUGGAGGAGAGAGGCACCAUGGCCAUCAAGGUACUUAAGAGACGUUCUUAGAUCUUGACCGUAUCGAAAAAUUGUUACAGGGCAAGGGACAAAUGACGACGUACUGGUUGAACGGACGCAACGGCUACGAGUUCACCGAGACAAUCGAGGAUAAGAUGGUCGUGCCGGAUAUAUUCCCGAGACCGAAUUUGAAGAAUCGAGGAUCUAGUUGGGGUGAGUUGGGUUGCGAUUAUCUACUUGGCGGCAAACGCAUCAUUUCUAGUUCUCUAGAGUUGGUCCCUUCUUAGUCCUUAUAAUAUCACCACCAAUUCCAGGCGUCAACCGCGACUCCUUGCUCUCCCUGGCCACCGAAAAAAGCAGUCAACUGAUGAAGAGACAAUCGGCUGCCCUCGUCCGCAACCAAGAGAAUAUCUAUUACGCACCACCACCACCCUCCUCGAAUGGCUUCACCUCGCGAGGAACUUCCAGUAGAGAGAUGCCGAGAUUGUACGAAGAGGAUCGGGAAAGCAUCAAUCAGUCGGCGUCGCUUUUCGGAGGAUCCAGUAAACGGAAGAAGUGAGUUGUAGUGCCAUUAGGGUUUCGGUCACGAAUCCCCCGGUUUCCAGAAGCACGACGUCCAAGUACAACGGCUUUAGUGCCUCCCGAAUCUUCGCCUCAACCAUCUCCAACGCCUCCUCGACCCGUCCAUCCCGUCAAGCCACCUUCGAGCACGACACUCUUGCACUCAGAAAACGGUCCACCUCGUUGCCGGACGGCGAAAAACUGAACUUGGAGUUCAUCGAGGCGCACGCGAACACGUCGGAGCCGUCGUUCCGAAGGGCCAGCGUCGUGGAUGCGUGCAGUUCGCAUUCCGAGUCGCCCAGUCAGAGCCAGUACCCGUCGUAUCGGGAUUUGACAACGACACCGCAUCAGUGAGUCAGAGAUCGGGUUGGAAUUUGUGGGAGCUCAGUGGUGUUUUAUACUAAAUCGGAUACCUAAACGUUGCGAAAUGUCCCAACAACCUUAUUUUCAGAAGAAAACGCGGCAUGGCGACAGUGUUCCCGAUCCGAAAACGGUCGCUCUCGUGCGGCGACGCAGUUGCUCCGCCAAACAAACUGACAUCCGACGACAAUGUCACGUCGCACGCGGUCACCACCUCCACGUCGCCCCGUCCGACUUCCAGAACCAUCGACUACUGCGCCUCGCGACUUGCCGGCAGUCCCGAUGAGCUGGUAUUCCAGGAGGACGACGAGAAGGCUCUGAUCGGAAAUGACACCUCCUUCUUUCUCGGAGGCAACGCACCCAGCUCGCGGUCUGAGGAUGGCCUCUUGCGGUCGUGUCCUCAGCCGAGACGGAAAAACAAGCACUCGUUCCUCAGGGACCCCUCGCCGCUUACCAAGAGGUUUAGAGAUGCGUCGCCGUUCGGAAAGAAGAAACCGUUUUGGAACAAUACCAAAAAGUAGGUGCUCCCCCCCCGUUUAUUCCAAUUGAUAUUAUCCAUUUUUCCAGUGGCGACCAUCACACCUCCUCGCCCGCCGACUCCAUUUCCCGUCUCUUCCGACGCUUCCGAGGCGUCACCGCCGGCAACGAGUACGAGGAUCUCAACAAUUACACGGCCGAGUACGGUGAGGAGGCCUACGAACUUCGCGAGCCGUCCCAGAAGAUGAUGAUGAUGAAGAUGCAGAUGCAGAACGAGGAGAUCGGACAUGGAGCGAGAGGUUAGCAAGGGAUACUGUUCAUUCAAAUCGAUGUGUCUGAGCUGGCAGUAGAGAUAUCAAAAAAUUGUGAACUGAUAAAAUGUGCACAACGUCUUUUUGAGUAACUUAUCAGUCGACAACUUUUCGGUAAAGUACAGUCCUUACACCCUAUCUUAGACUCUACAGUAAUCCUAGACGAAAAUGGGAACGCUGGAACUGUUGUAGACCAAUCGUAAUCCUAACAACAGCGUGCAGUACCUUAUAAUCCGUGGACUCUACAGUAAUUCUUAUAGGAGUUAUGAAUGCAAGAACUACAGUAACCCAUUUAUGUUUCAGUGAACCGCUCGGUCUCGUGUUCGCCAGUGGAAGGCGGCAAUUCGACGGACAACUCGGAGCCGCUGCUCACAAUUCCCUCGUCCCUGGCCGCGGAUUCAUCGACCACCUCCACCUCGACCUCUUGUUAAUAUUUAUACAUAUAACAUACAUAUACAUAUACCCAUUUUGUUCAUAUAUUUCUGUGUCGCCCACCCCCUCUCCGAAUACGAGUACGUCUCAUUCAUUCUCGAAACUCUAGAGUUAAUAAUGAUAAUAAUGUAAUACUUAUAUGGUUACGGUGCCCUCUUCUUUUUCUGUUCGAAUAUUUAGUUUGUCAGAAGCAACGUUUAGUCGUAGUCAGUGUCCCAACAUUUCUUGUGAAUUUUUGAUGUGCUACGGGUUGACUAAAGUCUGAGAAUAUAUCUAAAUACUUGUUACCCCUUUCGAAAUGAACAUUUUUCAUUGUACACGUUCAAAACGGAAAAGAAGAGGAACAGCAGACGUUGCAGCAAUCCUGUCCUUGAUUUGGUAAAGUUCUACAGGUGACUGAGCUCCGCAGUCUUGAAUAUUUACUGUUUGUGUUGAUUUUGGCUUCAGGAAUCUUCUGCAUGGCGCCUCGGCUACAGUACUCCUGCCACCUUCAACUAUUGUCGGUCUGCUUCCAGAGACGACGACCAGCGUACAGUUGCUAUUGUCCGAUUCGGCACAAUUGCGUCCCGAUUGCGAAAUAUGGUCGGUGUCGGCUGGUCGCCACUCCCCCCCGUUUCCACCCCUCUUCUUUUUCUUCGUUUGCGUCCGUCAUCCCGUCCCGUCCAUUCUUUGCCUCGGUGUCUGUUGACAUUUCGUUCCCUCUCUCUCUCUCUCUCUCUUUCUCUCUUUUUGUUCAUUCUCCAUACAGUUUUCCAUCAUCUAGUUUGUAGUAUUUGUGCCCUAAUCAUAGUUGAUUGGUGACGUGGCAAUUGUGGUACGCGUUAAAGUUGAAAGCAUAGUAGGGGGGAAGAGGGGAAAUUGAAAGAGUAGCGGCCGGGGGGCGCCAGGGCAAAAGUGACGUCAGUUGGAAAAGGGAGAAGAAGAGGGAGAGAGAGAGAGAGAGAGAAAGAGAAAGAAAAAAGACAUCAAUUCCGAACAGAUGGUGAGAAAAUGAAGAAUCGUUUGAAGGUUCUGCCCUACCAGAAGGUUCUACAAUAGUCUAGAAGCUUCUGGAACUUUGAAAAGCUCACAAAUGUCUGCCCAAAGAUAAGAUAAGACAGCAAACAAUUUGGCACCAGUCAAAACACUCUAAAAAUAGACUUGCCUGUAGCAAUUUCUUUUUCGAAUGUAGUAGCAUAUAGUCGGAAUCGAAGUUUCUGCAAGAGAACUGGUUUCAUUCAGAAAAUUAUGCAUUCACAAUUUGAUCUCUCUCUCUCUCUCUCCUUUUCUUCUUCUUCUUCUCUAACCUUUUUCCAUCUUUUUGGACUUUAACUAUCAUUUAGACCCUCUGUCGCUUUGAGAGUUGGUUUCAAAGAACCAGGACACUUUGCAACCAGCGCUAAACGUUUCGCAACUAAAAAAGUGUUGCUUUCCUAUCUUUCUGUCGGAUUUUGCGGGUGCUUAUUAGUUGCAAAGUGUCCGUCAGUCGCGAAAUGCCCUCUAGUUGCAAAUCGUCCUAAAAUCCCACACUGGCCUCUCCGUGGCUCAUUUCCCUACAUUUUUUCCACUUCUUCCCACUAAUCUUUAUCUCUUGGAAGUAGGCUGGUUGCAAAGUGUCCUCCUUCAGUUGCGAAACGUCCGUACCGGUCAGUGUGCCCCCGCGAGCAUCUGAUAUCAUCGUUUUGAACUGAUAACAUUAAUUUUGUGAUCGAGUCCUGAUAAGGUAGGUGCGUCUGCUUCAUUGCGAAUGAACUAUUGCGAAAUUGCGAAUCCUGGAUGCAAAUAAAAGAGUGAGAGAGAGAGAGAGAGAGAGAGAGAGAGAGAGAGAGAGAGAGAAUUGACAAUGAUCAGCCGGUUCGACGCGCACUCGGGGAACCUUUGAAAGAGAGAGAAAGAGGGGCGCAGCCGGUUCUCUCUCUCUCUCUCUACUACAGUCUACGCCUACGCAUUUGAGUACUCUCUCUCUCUCUCUCUCUUGUUUGAUGACGCAAGCAAUUUGUAUUAGUGAAGGGGGGGAGGAAGACUUUCAGAAAACGAUAAUAUUGUACUUUUACUGCUUCUUGUUGUUUUGUUGCUCGUCGACUUGUAGAAGCGCACAAUAUCACAAAUCGUUUGCAGGUCCAACAAUGCAUCAUUCGUCGCGGUCUGGGUUGCAUUGAAAAGGGAAAACGAUCCCCCUCCCACUUGGUGCAUCGAUCAUUCCCGAUUUCUUUCGAAAACCUUCCUUCCCCAACUCAAGCUGGCGUCGUCGGAUCUUCAUUUGAGCAGAGCUGAGGCUAUGCUCAGGGUGAGUCACUCACUUUUUUUGGGGAGAGGGAACCGAUACGAUAUUGUGUGUUUCUUAUCGAAAAGACAUAGUGACGUGCGAGAAAGUGAAAGAAGGGGGGGAAUUGUUGACCGAGGCGCCUAGUGAAUCACGUCAAGAUUGCCUGGCGAUCAUCUAGAUCAGUAAGGGAAAGAGGCGAAGGAGCACUGGGGGAUGCACCAUGUGCAUGUGGUCGAUGCACCAUAGGACAUUGAAAAACACGAAAAAUGCGCUGGAAAGUCGUUUUUUGGCGGUUGGCGCAAUACAGUAACAUCUAGGACACUCUAGACACUGGCCGAUGCACCAUGUGCUCCUCCACUCCAGACACCAUCACACGUUUCUCGUAAACCGCAAAAAGUGAUAAGCGCUCUCGAAAUUUCGCCUGACCGAUGCACCAUACACGUCAGAAUCAUUUCGAAGAAGAAGCGGGCAAUGACGUCUCCGUUUUGUCUCUUUUGCUGGAAAAAGAAAGUGACGAAUAGUAGUUGGUUGCAGAAAAGAAAAAGGUGGGCAAGAGAGAGAGUCUGGAAUGUUUAGAGUUGUGACCAGGAAUGUUGACGACGCAAUGAUAAAGAAGAAAAUGAAUGGAUUGGGGAAAUGAUGACGAAUGGCAAAACAAAGUGAAAAUGUUUGUGGAAAUGGUAGGGACCGGGUGGUUUAGGAGAUUCUAGGAGUCCCUAGAAGUUGUUAGUGGUCUCCAGGACUUUGUGAUGAACCUUAGGGCUUGGUAGUGGAUCCCAGAAGUUGUUAGUGGUCUCCAGGACUUUGUGAUGAACCUUAGGCUUGGUAGUGGAUCCCAGAAGUUGUUAGUGGUCUCUAGGACUUUGUGAUGAACCUUAGGGCUUGGUAGUGGAUCCAGAAGUUGGUAGUGGUCUCUAGGACUUUGUGAUGAACCUUAGGGCUUGGUAGUGGAUCCCAGAAGUUGUUAGUGGUCUCUAGGACUUUGUGAUGAACCUUAGGGCUUGGUAGUGGAUCCUAGAAGUUGGUAGUGGUCUCCAGGACCGAAAGAACUUGAUAUACUCGGUGGUGGACCUUAGAAGUUGGUGAUUGACAAAGAUCUGACCGUUGAAAAUCUUGUUUUUGCAGUUUUGUCUGAAAAUGAUAAUAGUGAUGCCAUUGUGUGACGCUAACCUUUCGAUUCCCUUCAAUUACCCCUCCGAACCUCAAAGACAAUCUGUCAUUGUCAUUGUGUUCCAUGACAUAAUGACAGACAAACUGUUGGCUACAUUGUAGACUAUUCCACUUUCGGAGACCACGCGGAUUACGGUAACUACCGUAAUCUCUUCCAUUUCCAAUUUCAUUUCUGCCCAACAACUAUGACGUUCCAAGACUAUCAUCGUCGUCAAUUUUUCCGCUUCCCAAAAAAUGGCGUACCUCGCCCGAAAAACAGGUUCCCGAAAUGGAAAUGAAACACAGAUGUUGACGAUUCGAUUACCAUCCAUCUAACGAACAAUUUAAUGACGUGGUUUUGCAGAAAAUUCAACUUUUUUUCUUGGUUUCUUUUUUGGCACAUCAAUCUAGUCAAUUUCAACAAAAUUAUAAAUAAAAUCGCAAUGAUUCUGAUCCCCUGUAUGGCUUCACCAAUUGAGAUUAGGACAAUAUUAAUAGAAUCAUCAUGGAUGUGGGGGGAACACGGCUAAAUCAGUCUAAUCCCCCCCCCCUCCCUCAAAAAAUAAAAUGACGGCUCUUAUCCGCCGUACAUUUCGAUUCAGUUGUUCCUGGGAAUGAUGUGGAUGGAUAAUAUCAUAAUGCUUCUCAUUGGCAAUCAGUGUUGAUAUUGUGCGCUUCUUGUCCGAAUUUUGAGAGCAUUUUUUUUUCUAAAACAGCUGUUAGAAGCCAGAUGCUGAACGGGAAUUGAAUCGAAUUAGAAUUAGAAUUAGAAUUAGAAUUAAAAGGCCUCCUCCUCCUCCUCCUCCAUUCCUUUUAAAUUUCGCAACGAACGAGCGAUGUUUGAGUAUAGAAGGGGGUUCACGAACCAGCGGGACCACCACACGUCAUGUUCCCUUCGUUUCCUUUCGGCUUCUUCCUCUCUCUCUCUCUCUCUUUUCUCUGUGAACGUUUGGCGCGCUUUCGUCAUUCUUUUCGUGUUCUCUGAGUCUUCGCGCGGUCCCGUACUCUCUCGAUCGGCCAGUUCCAUUGUCUGAAUGUCUGCGCGUGUUCCUGCUCGAUCGAGAAGAAGAGAGAGAGAGAGAGAGAGUGAUGACGAAACUUUUGGAAAGAAGAGAGAGAGAGAGCAAAAAGAGCCGAAGAGACGGCGGUUUUUCUUUCUUGCCUUCUUUCCGUUUCCCUGCGCGUCACCAAACUACUCGAGACCUUGGGGGGUCCUUACUAGUUUACACGCAGGUCCUUUCAAGCUUUUCUUUGCAUUUUCUCCAUGAUCCGCAUGAAAUCGUUCGUUUGUAAGUCUUUGAGACAUGUAUUUCACAUUUCUAGAUGGUCCCUAGUAGUUGGACCACGCUUAGAUGGUCGGGCCACUUAGAUCGAACAGUUGUUUGGCCAUUUUUGGACCUGGCGCCUGAGGUUUUACCUCAAAGAUCCAUUUUCUCUGCAAACGGAUUGUGAGCGAAAAACCCUUGAUAUCCACCAACUGUCAUCUGGAAUUUUCGACACGGGUGUAGUAAAUAUUUACAGAUUCACACCACGUCACUCGUCGUCCGCUGCUAGACGAACAUUUUUUUUGAUGAGAUUAUCGUAGAUUAGGCAUUCUGGAUUAGAUUACUGUAGGCACACGUGCCACGUCAUACAUACACAUCAAGAACAUCCAAACGUCAUUUUCACACCACCGGGCCGACGAAAAGAGCCAGCCACUUUACACAUUUGUCUGUGAGCAUUUUGUGCGCCGGCCUUUCGCGCUACUCCAAAAAAUUGUACUAAAACACCUACCGUAAUCCUAAUUACGCAGACGUCACUCUCUCCGUUUGCCACGUCAUCACCGCCCACCUCCCACCACUCGCUCUCCUCUAUUCUGGGACCUUUCUGCGACAGGCUCCGCGGCGAACAAUAGCCAUUUUCCGGUCGGAAAGGCCUCUCGCAACUUUGUGCGCGCCAAAUGUCGAGAUUUUCGGGGGCGUGUAAUUUUUGAAAGAGUAAAGUUUGAAAGAUCCGUCGUCCCGGUUGAUCGGAUGACGUGGUCGAAAUGCCAUCAUCCAUCAAAAACCUUUCGCCUCUUUUCUCAAUCAAAUUUUGCACAUUCCCCUCUAUUCUCGCUCAUUCAUCUUGUGACGUGGCAGCGCCGAGUCCUAUGGUAGCUGGGGGGGGCGUGGCUCACGCAUCUUUUCGAAUUUUGCAACAUGGCAAGUCUAUUUCUGACCGACCGAUACCUUUUUGUCCUUUUCGCACUUUUUGUUUUCCGUACUCUCACGCUGAUAACCGAGAACACAUCACUUUUUUUUUGUUCAUUUCGACUGUGUUUGGAGCAAAGAAUGGAAAAAAAGCACUGUGAGCCGAGACUAGAAAUGUCAGAUGGAUAUGAAAUGGAGACGUCCAACGGAUAUUAUGUUUUUCUUCUUUUCGGCCCCCCCCCACCACCACCACUCCUCCUCUUCAUCAUUACAAAAUGACAUCAUCAUCAUCGUCGUCGUCGUCGUCGAACGCUUUGAAAUAAGGAAUUCCGAAUUCCAAAUGAGCCUGACGCAUUUUUGUGCCUAAUGAUAUUAUGUGUUUGUCAGGCAAAUUUUCAUGCUUCACCGGGCCUCCCAUCCUAUAUAAACAUUGUUAUUCUCAUAUGUCGUCACAUAAUCUUUGACGUUUUUCCCUUUUCACAUUACUUCAAAGACACAUCCAGAGUUACUGUAACUCCGUGUGCCACGUCACCUUUUCCACCGCCUUUCACUCCGAUGUCGAAACCAAGACAAGUACGAAUCCACCGUAACCCUUGACCCAAUGACCGUAUCAGUUUGAUUGAUUAUAGCACCACCACCACUAGCGAGACGGUUCUCUGAUGUUUCUAGUCUCUACGUCACCCGGCAACCAAUCGAAUCAAAAAGUUUCUCUUCUCCUCUAUCCUGUGUCGCGUUUAUUCUGCAAAAAAAGUUACAAACCCCGAUUUUCUUAUCGCAUAACAUCAUUGUAACGUCGUCAUCCCGCCUGAAAUCAUAAUAUCACCUGUUCCUCAUUCCACCCUCACUUUCGAUCAUCAUCAGAAUUCGAAUCAAUCCGCCACGCACACACAUUCGUUCAUUCGUCCACCAGAAUCCCAUUAACUUUCUUUCCAUCUCAAUCUCUUCCUUCACAAUCGUGUUCUCUGCGUCUACGCACUAUUGUACGUCUCUCUCUCUCUCUCUCUCUCUCUCUCUCUCUCUCUCUCUCUCUCUCUGUGUAUGUCAAAAGAUGACAUCACUUUCUCGUGUGUGUGUGUGUGUGUCGGUUAUUUCAAAACGCGACGGCUGGCGAAAAGAUGGAGAGAAAGAGAGAGAAGAGGAGGAGUCAAAACAGUCCCUUUCUUUCUGUUUCGAUACACUUAGCACGUUUUCUUUUCAAAAGUCGCGCUUGCAUAAAUGUGUAUCAUGUUUUUGUGAAUUCAUCAUAUGAUUCUAUUGUUCUUAUACUUGUGCUUUCAAUUUCUUGACCAAGUCCUAGAAGUUACCCCCCUUGGCCACCUCUUUCAUUUCACUAGUCCUGAGUCCGAUCAAUAAUCCUGGAACUUACCCCGGUUAACUUCCGUCUUAAUCACCAGUUGGACCCACGGACACAUUCCGUUCCUCUGUACCCCUCGACCUAAACUAUUAUCCGAAAAAUUGGGACCGGACAAUGUACUUGUCCGUUCCAACUGUAUUCCGAAUUUGCAGGAAAUGACAGUACUCGACACAGUCACAAUCUCGCCGUGCGGACUCGCAGCGCUCAUCCGCGAAUCGGCCGACACGACGCUCAUCGUCGACUGUCGCGGCUUCACCGAAUACAACGAGUUGCACGUGCGACACUCGAUGAACGCGUUCUUCUCGAAACUCAUCCGACGGCGACUUUUUGAGAACAAGGUAUGCGAAUAAAUGGAUGGAUGUGUUUGCACUCUGUCUUCCUGAUCCUAGUGUGUGUGUAUUUAUGGUCGCGACCAUGGAUCGAUUAGUUGGAGUGUAUGUGUGUGUAUGGCGUCCGCGCCAGCCCCUUUGACGUCACAAAACGGGCGAGAGAGAGAGAGAGAGAGAGAAGGAACACUUAGGGGAUCAAAAGUCGUUGAGGACCGUCUAGAAUCGGUUAGGAUUCUUAAAGUUAGUCGCAAGAUGAGAAGCGAAACGCCAAACACUUUUUUCAUAAUAAUUGGUCAUAAUCAGUUAAAUUUUAUGGAAAAAGUGAGAAAAAUAGUGAUAAACCGGAUCUUUAGAAUUUCUAACCAAUUUAUGGGAGCAUAGGUACCAUAAUAAUCCAUGAUUUGUGCCCUCUGAGCGAUAAUUCAAACAGUAGCCGAGCCGGCGGCCCCUCUUUAAUGACUAAGACUAUGACUUGCGCCGUCCCUUUCGAAAUAGCGAGUCUAUGACAUCAUUUGCAAGUUGAUGGGGGGGGAGUACUGUAGGAUAAUGAAAUGAAACGGGGUUGAGUCAUAAGGAAUGAUGAAAUGGUAACCAGAUAUUUCACGGAAUACAUCAGACUUGUGAGUCAUUUUCGUGUGAGAUUGAGAAAAUCAGCGGAAAAGCGAUGACUAAUUUCCGAAAUAUAUCCUGCUUGUUGGUCGAGAAUGAAUCUAAAUCUAGUGAUCAUUGGACUACUGGCACAGCUUAUCCUGCAAUUCCUAGAAAUGUGCAUCUCGCCACAAGCUUAUAUAAACAGCGAUCUGGAACUCUUGAAUUCAAUGUUUCCACUCUGAUUCUAAAGUUUUAAGAUCUUUAACUCAUCGCAGAGAUCGUCCGGACCACAAUAUUUUUGUUCUGCGCAUCCCAACCAAACCCUAGUUCAUUUUUCGGAUCCAUAGUCCCCGAUCGUGAAGUCCUAUGCUGAGUGAACACGAAAACAACACAACACAAGUGAUGAAUCAUCUAAGCAAUAGGCUAUUCUCAAUGACUAAUUCUUCUUUGUGUGCGCGGCUGCGGCCGCGGACACACACCGGAAUGAGUCAGUCAGCGAAAAGCAUAUAUAAAGCAUAAAAAUGGGCGGUUGUCCGGUGGUGCUGGUCAUUUCGUUUCGCAGAACGCGUUCGAGCUGUGCGCUUUUGUGCUGCCUUCUCAGAAGCGGUGACGCCUGUGUAGACGCGUGCACUUUGAUCUUCUCCGCCUCCGAAAGCACUUUCAGCUGAAUCACCGCAUUUAAUUAUAGGCGCCGAGCAGAGUUGAGCGGAAGAACUCAACGGAAGAACACGGAAGAAUUUUUAUCUUUUUUAGAAAAUUUUUUCAUGAAAUGUCAUCAACUGACGAAAUGUAUAGAAAUGUGAACUCUGUUCAUAGAAAAAUAAUUGUAAAUUUAACAUUUCAUACAAAAAAGUUGUUCGAAUUGUUCCGUGAAAAUGUCCUUCCGUCUUCCGUUUGCCUUUUUUCACGGAACAACUCGAAUAACUUUUUUGUAUGAAAAGCUAAAUUUACAAUUAUUUUUUUAUGAGCAGAAUUCACUUUGCUAUACAUUUCAUCAGUUGAUCACAUUCCAUGAAAAAUUUUCUAAAAAAGAUAAAAAUUCUUCCGUGUUCUUCCGUUGAGUUCUUCCGCUCAACUCUGGCGCCGAGUAGUGAGAAGUCUGGACUCUAACCGUUGUGUAGUCUUAUUCAUAAUGUGCGCCCACAACACAGAAACCAACCACACCCAAUCCCUUCCACAAAUAUUGUCUUGUUUUGUGACGUGGACAUGCCUACAAUGAUGAUCAUUGGCUCAAUUCUGUGACACACUGGGAAAGCGAGCGCGCGAGAAAACAAAAACCCCAUUAAAACACACCUUUUCUAGAGAAUUCCCCACAUUUUUAAUUAGAUUACCGACUGACUCAUAGCGACUACAGGUAAUUUUUCAAUCUUUUUCGCGUGUGACUCAACUCGCGCACACAUUUAAAAAUACACACUCUUUGCUCCUUUUCUCGCUCCGAUCACCUCCUACAUAUACAUUCAUCUCGUUGUUGCAGCUCGACGACAACUGUCUCAUUCACCAAUUGAUGAGUUGCUCGAGCGGUUGCGCCAAAAUGGACGACACACUCGAUCUGGUGCUGUACGCCGAGGAGGACAAACCACGUGGCAACAAGCGUCGUAUCGCGUCGUGCAACGCACCCGAAUCCACCGCCAAAAUAAUGCGAGUGCUUCGCGAACGUCUUGAGGAGACGGACAAGUUUCGCAGUGUCAUGGUGCUAGAAGGUGAGCGCAUUGGGUGGGGGUUGUGUAGAAAUACAUCGAUAUGUCAGAUAUGUCAUGGAUGACAUGGCCCGGGUGGCAGGCAGCAUUUCCCAUUUUGAGCCAUCUUUUGAGCCAUUUUCAUUUCAAAACGGCACUUUAACAAUUUCGGUUCCCGGGGGCCUCGGUAUUCGUAUAAACCUGAACCCGUGUGUGUGUAAAAUUUGUAAAAAGAAAGCGCUCCAUCGCGCCACCCCACCCUUUUGCGCUAAUGAAAUUAGAGCAAAAAAGCUCUUCUUCUCGCUCUUUCCCACACUUCACUCGCGCCUCUUUCGCUCCUCCUGCAUGUACAUAAUGUCAAAAACAUUAUGUGUCAUCCUCUCUCGAUUCCAUUUUUAGCAAACGCUAAUCCGAGUGCACAAUAGGUUUUUCCGAGUAUCCCCAUAAUAUCAUCCUCGUCUGUCAUGUGUGAAAGUGAGCUCGAGCCCGAGCCCGGUGCGAGCCCGGUGCCUGGCACCGUAAUUAGCUGAUAAGGGGCUGCGCUGAGCCGCACGCUAAUCCAUCCAACAUCAUCAUCAUGAUCAUGAGCAGGAGCAGGAGCAGCAAAUCUACGCCCUUUUCCUAAAGCUUCCCACUUUGUGUACGUGAUCCUUCCAACUCGAAGUGAGUUUUUGCAUAGAGAAAUGCUCUCACUUCUUCGACUGACUCACCCCUCCACUUUAUCCUAUUGAUCCGACAACACACCAGAGCACAACGCAACGUCUCCGGCCGCGACGCGCUAUUCCUAUUCCGGGGCUCCUCUAGCCGCCUGCGUGUGUCUCGCAAAGACUCCGCCUCACAAAAGAGUAGGGGCCCCGCUAUAUAGUUGUCUCUCUCUCUCUCUCUCCCUCUCUUUCUGGCAGUCUGCCAACGUCGUCCUCACUUUUAUAUUCGAAAUGACUGGUCAACCGUUCGAAGCGUUCCGCAAGCAUCGAAAGCAGAAAAAGUGCAAGAGGAAGAAGAAGCGGAGGUGUCAGAAGGCUCCACGUCAAGAGGCCGGCCCAUCAAUCGUUGACACAGCCAGUCAGACUGUGCCGGAAGUGGAAGAUUCCAAAGAGACCGAUGGCGUCGCCCUUCCUCCUCUUCGAACUUUCCCGGGCUGUAAACGAUUCUCGCUAAGACUUCAACUGAGCACCGAAUCGGAUCCGGCGUACACGUCAUCGCCGACGUGUCCAAGUAAGUAGCCUCCUUCCUCCACUUUCCUGUUGUCAAGUACGCUCCACUGAUAAUGCUCCUCUGACUCUGACUCUGACUCAUCUUGUUUUCCCUACUCUGCGCUAUUUCUGUUUUGCUCUUUUCCCUGUUCGGCUCCUUCUGCGAAUAGCGUGUGGUGAAAAACAAAAACAAAACACACAAGUUCAUAUUUGUGACGUGGCUGGCACCUCAGAACAAGUUUUAUUAACAUGUAGAAAGAAUGUAGUAGAAUGCGUCUAUGGUGGUGGUGGCAAAACGGGAGGGGGGCCUUUUGAUGAGUCACUGCGUCAAUAGGCGGACGAGCGGGACGCAGAUGACGCAGCCAAAGAAGACGCAGAGAAACGCGAGAAACCAGGGAAACAGCGGCGAUUCGGGAGAGACGCCGCGCCCGCAAUCAAGACAAAAAAAAACCAUCUGCGAGAGUCCCUCACCGUUCAUCUGUGGGCAGGCAGGCAGGCGUGCGAUGUGUCACUCACACUUCUGAAACAUCGAAGGAUCAUCGACGGACGCCACGCCUCCCGCUCCCAUCGCUGAUCUUGCGUGCGGGGCGGGGCGGACCCGAGACCGACACAAGAUCAGUUUGACUCUGACCCAGUGUGCCCUCAUCUCUCGGCCUUUGGGUCUUUGGGUUACAAAUAGAUAGCGGUAUGGGUCUUAGUACCAGUAUAGAUAGCUGUAAAUGACCCCGAAAACGACCAAGUACUGAAGAGAGUGCCACCAAAAAAAAAACCCCUGUGACUCACUGUCACACACUCACUUUUUUCCGCUGAUGAUCACAUCACGCAAGUCACUUGUCGUCGCCCGCCCGCUCGCUGCGUCUCACUCUCUUUCGGAUGAAUGAAUCAUCUCACUCGAGGUUGCCCCGGCCACUUCCAUCAAUUAUUGUUAUUAUGCAAUGCAUUCGUUCGUUGUGAGCGAAGAAAAAGUUGCACAGUCAUAUAUAUAUAUAUGGUGGAGACGGGAAGAAUAACGAAAUACACUGCGGCUGAUUCUGAUUCCUUCCGCCGCUUUUGGUGGCUCCUCUUAUCACUUUCAUUUACUUCCUCUCUCUCUCUCUCUCCCUUUCUCUCUCUCUUUCUCUCCCGUGCUGGCUCCUCCUCUUCUGCCUAUAUAAUAACAGUUGUGUCGAUCAUCAACCCCACGCUGUCUACCUUCCGAUCAUUCCUCAUUCCUCUUUCGACUCCUCUUCUAAACUGUCCACAAAUAACAUGCCGCCGUGUUUAGUCACUCGCCAUCGGCCCACACUGAUGUUUAUUCAGGACCUAGAUCCGGGUCCCACGAGUGGUACUCAAAAAUCUGGAGCGACUAAUCGACGCGGUUUUUUUCUUGCAGGCGGCUUCAAACAGUUUGCGACGCAAUACCCGCAACUGUGCGAGUCAUCGGAAGGAAUGACUCGUCUGCCACAAAGCCUCUCGCAGCCGUGCCUCUCGCAACCCUCCGGCGACGGCAUCACGCUCAUCACGCCGAACAUCUAUCUGGGAAGCCAAUUGGACAGUCUCGACGAGACAAUGUUGAAGGUGAGAGAGAGUUUCGCAAUGUCACAAUUGCAAAAUGAUCGUCACAGUCACAGUCACAGUCACAGUCAUCAUAAUCACAAGCACACGUUUCUCUUCAUUAUCGUUUCUCCUUCUUUUUCCCAGUCGAAACGUUUAUAUUUACCUCCCUCCUAUAACAAAUGACUCUGCGGGCGAGAGAGAGAGAGAGAGGGUCAACUGACUGACAUGUGUGUGUGUCUGUGUAAAAGAUGAUUCAUCCCCCCACCCCACGUCUGUUAACAAUUCCAUCAAUUCUCAUUUUUCCAGGCGCUCGACAUCAGCGCCGUCAUCAAUUUGUCGGUGACGUGCCCCAAAUCGGUAUGCAUCACCGAGGACAAGAACUUUAUGCGCAUUCCGGUCAACGACUCGUACCAGGAGAAGCUCACGCCCUACUUUCCGAUGGCGUUCGAGUUUCUUGAGCGAUUGCGCAAGUCCGGCAAGAAAUGCCUCAUUCACUGUCUGGCGGGAAUCUCGAGAAGUCCGACACUGUGCAUCUCGUACAUUAUGAGAUACAUGCAAAUGGGAUCCGACGACGCGUAUAGGUACGUGUAGCGGGAGGAGGGGGGACUCGAACCGAUCAACGAUUUUGCAGAUAUGUCAAGGAGCGGCGUCCGUCGAUCUCGCCAAACUUCAACUUUAUGGGACAGCUGCUCGAGUACGAGAACGUGUUGAUCAAGGAUCACGUUCUGCGGCCAGAGCAAGCCUCGCGCCCGUACCGCCAUCACAGAGACGACUACUGCGGACCGUCCGAUCUUUGCCCGCCAAAAGUGCCGAAGAGCGCCUCUUCGCACUGCGUGUUCGUCGGAAGUCCGUCGACAAACCCAGAGGAUCCAUCGUCCCCCUCGGCGUCAGAAGGAUCGGCCGCCAGUGAGCCGGAGCGGGAGAGCACUGUGAACGCGAACGGAAAGCGGAACUUGUCGAUGGAUCUGGGACUGCCACCUCGUCCGAAGGCGCUCGGGUUGCCCUCGAGAAUCGCCACGUCGAUUGUCGAGUUGCCGUCUCCGUCCACCGAGCUUUCGCGCUUGAGUUUCGAGGUCGUCGAGUCCGCGAGCAUCCCCGUCACUCCGAUCCUGAACUUCUCCAAUCCAUGCUUCACAGUGCCGAGCUCCAGAGAGAUGCCCACUUUGCCCACCCCGACCGCCACUCCAUCUCUAGUCGCCUCCUCCUCCUCCGCCUCGUCCGUCUCGACCGACUCGUUCAGCUCGUUCGGCUCGUUCGACUCCUCCUCCUCCUCGUCACUGGGAAUGAUGAUGUCCCAGGUCGAGAAUCCGUUCUUCAAUGACGGCGCGUGCUCGAGCUCUAGUGGAGGCAACACUCAAACAUCUGCAGUUGCGACGGCGUCUCGUUGUCGUGUCAGAGGAUUCUUCAAAGUGUUCAGCAAGAAAUCGACGACUCCAGUGUCAUCUAUGGUGAGUAUUGUGGGGCUAGCAACUUAUUCCCUAUCCAGUUUCAACCAAUUCUCUUACAGCCCUCCACCUCCGGCUCCGGCUCAUCGCGUGCCACGCGUCCGGAAUGUCUGCGCUCCUCGGGCGUCAUAAUCUCGGCGCCGGUGCUCGCGAUCACCGAAGAAGAGGACGCCGAAUCGCCGGAAUCGGGCUUCAACGAGGAGACGGUCGAAGAGGAGGACGACGCGGUGUCGAUCGCCUCGGCGAGCUCACUCGAAAUUGUUUGUCAAUAG